AUGGAUUUUUUCUUAGAUAAAAUGGAUAAGGAAAAGAUUAAUGCAUCAAAGAUAAUUUUAGCUGAGGUAAGUGAAUCAACUUUACCUAUUCCUGUAUUUUAUAAUUUUAAUUUUUCAGACCUUAUUAAUAUAAAUAAUGGCAAUCCCAAUUCAAUCAAUGAUGCCUUUAAUUCUAAUAAUUCUGAAAAAGAGAUACCAGAUGAUUCAGACAAUAAUGAUGGAUAUGAUGGAUAUGGUUAA